GAGGACUUCUACAAUUGGAGAAGCACCCAAAGCUCAACACCAACGAGCACCUCAAACCCAACGAAAAAUGAAGUCUAUAAUUUUCAGUGUCUUCCUUCUUUCUUUAUUCCUGCUCCCACUCAUUCUAGCUGAGAAGACAAAAUGCUAUGUCUGCCAUGGUGUUGAUUCCAAAACCUGUGAAGAAAAAGAAAAGGAAUGUGAAGAAGGCAGUGAUUGCAUCACCAUCUCUGAAGAAUUUGGAAGCCUUGGUAAAAAGUCUGCAUCCAUCUAUAAACGAUGUGCACUGAACUUUCCUUGCAACACAACUUUUCAUGUUCAGUCAGGCAAUGAUGUUUAUCUAAGACUUAAUACGGAUUGUUGUAGUGGACCCCUGUGUAACUCUGGUAACUAUAAUAUGCCAACCGAAAAUCAGACUGAACCGAAAGGCAGGUUAUGUCCAACAUGCUAUGCGUUUAACACCAUGCAAGGCUGUAAUGCAACAAAAUCAUCAGUUUGUCCAGGAGAAGAUGAUGAGUGUGUACGUUUUCGUGGAACUCUUAAACCACCUGGUGGGAAGGAUGUUGACUUCUCAGGAAAAGGGUGCAGUUCUAAGGAAGCUUGCAAAUUGGACUACAGCGCACUGAUUGGUAUGAAAAUAACUAAGCAACUGGAACACACGUGCUAUAAACCUGAAACUACUAAACCAUCAAAUUAAUAAUACAUGAAUAAUAUCCACAAAACUGAAUUGCCCUGGUUCAAGAAAUGCUAAGCAAAUUUGCAUACAUAUUAGUAAAGGCAGUGUAUUAGUUCUAAGUCAUAGAUAUAAUGAUAAAAUAAUCUUACAGUUGUAACAUUAGCUGGUUGAUAGGCAUAAAUAUACUGUAUAUACUCGAGUAUAAGCGACCCGAAUAUAAGCUUAGACACCUAAUUUUACCACAAAAAAAU